AAAGGUCUUUAUCAAUGGGAAAGCACACACAACGUUUCAUUGGUGUCUUACUGAAGUUAGCGAACAGUAUUCUCUCACACAAGCUGAUAAGAGCACAAUGUUUCUGUUUAAAGCAUUCUUAAAUUUGACCUGGCUCUCUCUUUGGUACAACUUCUCAGUUGUGAACGCUGAUAGCGUCCUUUCCUUGGCAAGGUGUUGCAAUGAAGGAAAAAGGUCUGCAAAGCUUGUUAGUGGCCAGACGUCCUGCCUGAAGAAGCCAGUUGCUUUCUCUCAACCAUCCAAGCUGUGCUUGUCCAUGUACAAAGUCUGUUGUUUGGCCAAGGAAAGGGAUCAAGAAUGUAUCAACGGAGAGAAUCUUUCAAGAGCCACUUUGAGAAGCGAGUUCUCCUGCACAAAAUUUGCUCAUAAGAACACCCUGCAUGGCUCUUCUUUCCUGGAAUGUUGUGAAUGUUGUCAAUUGGGUAAGAUUGCAGCCAAUAAGAACAAAACGUGCAGCAACGACGACAUACCUUUCAAUGGAACCUGUGGAGGAAUCUACAAACGGUGCUGCAAAGUUACUCGCAAAGAUAUAGAGAAUUCCGGACCUACACUUUGUAAAUAUGCCAAGUGUCAGCAAGAAUGUCUCCAGACAAAGUCAGGUCCGAUCUGCUCGUGUCGCAAAGGAUUCCGACUUGCUAACGAUUCUAAAUCAUGCCAAGAUAUCGACGAAUGCAAGAAAGGAACACACCAAUGUAUCUCUGGUUGGGAAUGCAAAAAUCUUAUCGGCGCUUACAGAUGUCUUCGCAAUUUUGUUAGCAGCAGAAAAUGUCGACGAGGAUAUAGAAUUGAAAACGGCAUCUGUAGAGAUAUCGACGAAUGCACAUCAGGAAUUGCAAAAUGCGCAAAAGGCACUGUUUGUGAGAAUGUCCUCGGGGGACAUCUAUGUACCCAGAAACUGGUUGGUCAAAAAUGUGCCCGUGGAUAUUAUAUAUCUGGAGCACGUUGCAUUGAUGUAAACGAAUGUAAAAUGCCAAAACUUUGUGGCAAAGGACAACGCUGUGUCAAUACCUAUGGCUCAUAUCAUUGUGCCUCUGCUAUUAAAAACUGUCGAAAAGGAUACCAGUGGAGUAAUUCUUCAAUGGCAUGUCUCGAUGAAAAUGAAUGUGUUACUGGCUCCCACAAUUGCCAAAGUGAAGGAGAGUCUUGCAGAAAUACCCAUGGCUCGUAUAGGUGCUUUUGUUCCAGAGGCUUCUUCAGAACGAACGGCAAAUGUGAAGAUCGUGAUGAGUGCACUUUAUACAAAGGACGACUCUGCAAUCACAAAUGUACAAAUCUGCCUGGAUCAUACAGAUGUGACUGCCUUUCUGGUUUUGAAUUAGCAAGGAACAAAAGAACCUGUCUAGAUAUAAACGAAUGCAGCAAAGACAAUGUGUGUGCUACUGGUGAAAGCUGCUUCAACAUGCCAGGGACAUACAAAUGCAUACAAACAGGAUGCCCGCGCAACUAUUUGCAGAAAACCUCGAGGAGUUGCAAGCUUGAAUGCCCCCUUGGCCUGGACUGCAGUGCAAUGCCAGUUUCUAUUAAGUGGUUUACUGUCUCAAGACGAGGCCCCGUAAGACAAUUUGGAUUCAGGCUCAUCUAUGAUGUUGAUGUAAGCACAAUAUUUGACGUGAGAAGAGUUGAGUUCAAGUUUACAAAAGGAAACGAAAAGUCUUUGUUUGGUCUGCAAAAGUACGGAUUUUCAAAAGUAAUCAUAUAUAACAAGGUUCCUCUUGACACAACGAAGUACUAUCAUUUGAAAGUUAUCGGAACUGCAGUUCAAGGCUUAGGACGCCGAAUUUCAUUUGAAUACAAUCUCCACUCUUUUAUAUAUGUGCUCAAUUAAUUAAAUAAAGUACCGAGAGCAUACAAUCAGCAAAGAAGGAACUUUUAAAAGCACUCAUAGCUUUGUUUGUAUUGAAGCAGAGAUGAAUUGCGACACUUGCUGGAGGCUUGAAGAUUCUUGUAAGAAAUUUGCCCCAUCUUCUAUUUGUAAAUAUCUAACAUCGCAUCACGUAUGACAGUAGUUUGACUGAUCAGUUCACGCCGAAGGAUUGCCUCUACGAUUGAAACCUUUCUUGGAUGAACAAUGUUCCGGAAUUUUUACAUUGAACUUCAUUUAUAUGUUGUAUAAAUGUCAAAACGGAUUUUCUAAUGCCGGUUUUAAUUUCAGACGCUUUUCUUAAAUAUAUAUAUCAUGUUUUUCUUUUUGUAGACCUUUCAGUUUCCGUUUUAGUUAAGUUAUUGGUUCACAUGAUGUUUUCUUUAAAUAAUGAGUUCUAUCAGUUUAAUUUUGUUGCCUUGUAACUAACUUCAAAACUAUAUUUAUCAAUCACAUUUUAUAUAACGGACCUUGUGAUAAUGUACGCUUUUCACAUUUUAAGAAAUAUGGAUUAGUGUUUGUGUAUAACGUAACUGUUUUUACAAGUUAACAUAUUUUGACUUCAACUGAAACUCCAGUUAGAUGAGGUAUAGAAAA